GUGGAGCAUUGCUUCAGUCACUUUCCAACGGCUGUCCAGUGCGAAUGUGAAGUGUUUUGGCCAGCCGGAUUAGCUGUGUUGGUAAAGUGAAACCCAAACACUGUACCAUCCAAGAGUCUCAUACUCCAGCGUAAUUUUUGCAGCAAUAUCACCCACAAGUGUCUGUGACAGGGCUAAAGUGGUGGGCAAUUUAUUGCGAGAUCGUGGACAAAGUGCUAUUUUGAGUGUUUCAUCGAAAAUUGGAAUUAUUGAUACUGUCAUCCAGCAAUUAUGAGUGCUGUCGACGAGAUAAUUGCAUUCAAGAAAAAUCCAGACGAGGAUUUCUACGCACUGCUCAAUUGUGACGAAAAUUCAACUGUGGAGCAAAUCCAGGCAGAAUAUAAAGUUCUUGCCCUCCAGUAUCAUCCAGACAAAAAUAGUGGUGAUAAGGAAGCCGAAGCUAAAUUUCAGCAAUUGAAGGAAGCAAAGGAGAUUCUCUGCGAUCCUGAAAAACGUGCCAAUUACGAUAAGUGGCGCCGCAGUGGAAUUUCAAUCAGCUACAAGAAUUGGGUGGGAAUGAAGGAACACGUUCAUCAGUCAAUGCAUUGGUCCACGCCGAAGACUAAGGAUCGUAUGCUGCCGGAUGGGGCAUCAGCGUCCAGUGGAUUGUCUGCCGGUGUCCCGAAUCCGGCUCAUCGACGUGCUUCUGAGGGUGGAGCAGCCCUCUACUAUGGCAGUCGCAAGCAGGAAUGGGGCUCAGAGAAUCCCAGUGAAGUCGUCAAUAAAUUCAGAAAUUACGAAAUUUAAUUUAAUCAAUGCCAAUUUUGAACUAUUUUUAUCUCAUUAUUUUGCUCAAGAGAAAACUUGUUACUUGUUUUGUUUUAAUUAUCCCUCGUUGAUUUUUAUUUGCACCAUCCACCAACUCCUCUCCGGGAGGCCUUUAUAGCGCUGUUUCAAUAAAAUUUAUUUAUAGUUGGCACAAGGCAGAAAAAAAUCGCUAUAUGAGCGAACCAGACAAGUGGAAAUCCUGUUCAAUAAUUUCCCCCCUCUUUCUGUUUUGGCCUCCUUUUUGUGUACCCCAUUGAUGUACAAUUUCCCAUAUAUAUUAGAUAACUGGGGAAUAUCCCAACCUUUGUAGUUCAAUCCAUUCCCAUUUUGUAUGAACAAAACCUCCCCACAAACAUCAUGGAAAUGUUCAUAUUCAGUGGGAAUACAGUUGAGAAAAUCACAACUUGAGAUAUAAAAGGAAAAUAGGGAUAUUCUUCAAGAAAUUUUCUCCUUUCAUCUUAAAAGAUGGAAGAAUGAUGGACAAUUAUGCUUCAAUUUUGCUUCUUAAGUCUAAAACAAAAAAAAAUAAGAAAGGGUGCGUAGGGAAAAUAAAGAACUAAUGAACAUCUAAAGGUGUAGCAGCUUUAGACAGAGACUAGAAUAAAAAAAAAUAAGAAAUUUCUCUCAAAGACAGGAGAAAAUAAAAUCAAGUAUUAUGUAUGCAAAUAUGAGUAAAUAAUAUAAGAUCCAAGAGAUGACGUCAAUCAAAUUCUAUAUAUACUAUUGAAAUAGAUGAAACAUAUUUUAUGCUAAAUGUUUUAAAGACAAUUUCCAUGAUAUCUAUCAUACUGGAUGUAUGCUCUGAACCAAUUUUUGAAGAAUUAACAUAUUUUUAUGUAUAACGUAAAAGAGAAAUAAACGAUGUUAGACAUUUAUAGGAUUUAGACUUUAUAGACAUAGAUCAUAUUUUAAUAUAAAUGUUGAAAAUAAAUCUAUUUGAAGAUAUAAAUAUAUUUCCAUUUUGAACCCAGUAUCAUGUUGGUAAAAUAUAUUUGAAAAAAAAUGAAAAUUAAGAGAGAAUAAAAGAAAUAUAUAUUUAUUGAAGAAAGCUGAUGAUGGAAUAUUUACUCUGAAACAUUGUGAGAUAAAUAAAAGGAAUCACAUGGUAGGAAAUAUCACUGUGAAAUUAUCUUUAUGUUGUUGUUGCUGUUAUCACCCAUAAAAUCUAUAUAAGUCAUAUGAAUGUUUUCCGUUAAAUGUAAUAUCACACAAAAUAAAAUAUCAAUGUGACAUUUAGACGAAUGGAAUACUGUAGAAAAUGCAAGUAUUUAUGUCUCCAUUCGGUUCCCCCCAAUAAAAUAUUGCAUUAAAAUACGUCACAAUCCGGUGACAUGGAGUACAGGAUAGAUAGAGUAUGUCCUCUAUACUAGUAAUAAUGUUUAGAAAGAAUAUAUUGACAUAUUCAUAGCAUUUUGAUGAAGAAUCAUCUCAGUAUAAAGAUAUUUGUGUAGAGAUGAAUACUCAUAUUGCUGUAAUCCCCCGAAGAAAAAAUAAACAAACAAUCUAUGUGAACAUCUCAUUAUACGUGACAAUCCAAAAAAAAAAGAUGAUAUAAUCAAAAUAUGCAAACACAAUUUUAUCAGUAUUAUGGAAUAAAACUUGGUGGCUCAAUCACCCUCCAACUGGCCCAAAUGGAAAAACUCCACAGGGUAUGUCCUUUUCCUCAUUACUGUGAAAGAGCGAUGAGCUUAUCUUAAACUUAGAACCUUAAGGAAUUGAUUUUUUUUUUCUAAAAACAAAAUUUAUCCUUCAUCUCUCAAUAACAUCUCAUCCUUCUUUUACCACCCCAUCAAAAGAAAAACCAUAAAAAAAUAAA